CUUUUAUUUCCUUUUUGUCUUUUUUAAACAUGUUGGCUCAGGUCUCUCAUAUAUUCAAAUCACGUGAACCUCUUAUUUCUUUGCUCUCCCUCUCUCUCUAAACUGGUUUACCCUUCAAUACCAUAAUACCCCUCCUUUUUUUCUUUGCCCUUUUUUUUUCGAUCCUCCACCUUUACUGGACAACACCAACAACAUAUCAUUGCUGUUCAUCACCUGAUCUCUCUCCCUAAUGUCUUCUAGUAAUUGCUAUUCAUCCCUUUAUCCUUUUCCUUUUGACCUUAACGAAGAUGAUCAACACCAACACCACCACCUUUUUACCUUUAAAUCUCAACCUUCUUCAUCUUCUUCUUCCUCAACUGUUCAUCACCUAGCAGCAGGUUCUUGUCAAAGGGAACCCCAGGUGUUUCAAGAUCAGGCUAAGAUAUAUGUUUCAAAAGAUGGGGCAUUGGAGAACAGUGACUGCGGACUCAAGUUAUCAUUAUGGAAAAAAGAAGAAAGGGUCGAAAGUGAUCAUCACCAUGAGGACAGUUCUACUAAGUGGAUGCCUUCAAAGCUGAGAAUUUUGAGGAAGAUGAUGAGUUCCCAUCACACCGAUUUAUCGAAAAGCUCUUCGCCGAAAAUCGAAGACCAGAAGCUUCAGAAUCAGCCCUCACCAUCUCCAGAUAACAGCUGCAACUCUUCCUACAAUAAUGGUAUCAACAACAGUCCAAUUAGGGUUUGUGCUGAUUGCAACACAACUAAGACUCCUCUUUGGAGGAGUGGUCCUAGAGGUCCCAAGUCUCUUUGCAACGCCUGCGGAAUUCGACAAAGAAAAGCGAGACGAGCAAUGGCUGCAGCGGCGGCGGCAACAGCGUCCAAUGGAACUAUUGUUACAGCUGAGACAACGACAAGCAUGAAGAAUAAGGUUCAAAACAAGGCCAAGAGAUCAAGUAAUGGUUGUGUUGCAAAGUUAAAGAACAAAAAGUGCAAACUCAGUUCCCAAUCCCAAGGUAGAAAUAAGCUUUGUUUUGAGGACUUGAGGAUAAUAUUGAGCAAGAGCUCGGCUUUUCAUGGAGUUUUCCCUCAGGAUGAGAAAGAAGCCGCGAUCCUACUGAUGGCCUUAUCGUAUGGACUUGUUCAUGGUUGAAUUUCGCAAAGUCGCUAGGCUAGCUUUUAUGUUGUUGGUUUUAUUCUUAAUUAGCUUUAAUAAUAAUGUUAUAGUAACUGAGUUUGUAUGUCUGAGUUUCGAGGAAAUUAAGAUAUGAAAUUGGUGUGAGGGAAACAAAAAACAGCAAUGUUUGGAGCUUGAAUCUUUUAUUAAAUUAUAUAUAUAUAUAUUAUGUUGUGAAGUUCAUAAUAAAUUACAUUUCAAGGCUUUUAUUUCCA